AUGUCCGUUGAAUCCAGACCAAAUGUUUCUUACACCUCUGUACCCACAAAUGCAUCGUCGCGACCAAAGAACUGUUGCACAUUUCUGUUGGUUGGUACUAUGAUUCUUUUAUUAUUAUGUGGUGCAAUCGGAUUUUUCAUUUUAUACGACAAACGACGAAACGAAACAAUCCAUACACAAGCAAUAACAAUAGCCGAUGACACUAAAGAUCUGUGUUUAACUCCAGAAUGUAUUCAAGCAGCAAACUCCCUUCUCGAAAGUAUUAAUGAAACAGUGGAUCCUUGCGAAAACUUUUAUGAAUUCAGUUGUGGAAAAUGGAUUAAAAAUGCAAAAAUACCAGCUCAGAAUUCCAAACAAAAUUCCCAAUCACAAAUGAAGACAAAUUUACAGAACGCACUUGUCGAUCUGAUAUCAUCAUCACCAACAAAUGGAAAAACAGAAUCAAAAGCAAUCAUUAAUGCUCGCCAUUGGUACAAUUCAUGUAUCAACGAAAGUGCUAUCGAAGAGGAAGGUGCCAAUGUUAUACUUUCAUUCAUCAAUAAAGAACUUGGUGGAUGGCCUGUCUUGUUAGGUGAUACAUGGAAUGAAUCAACAUUUGACUUUUAUCGUCUAAUACUCAAAUUAAGUCAGCAUAAUCAUUUCAUACCAUACACAAUAGAGACAACUAUCGACCGUAGGAAUUCAUCGUUGCGAAGCAUUAAAAUAGAGCCAACAACUGGUUUAGCAGUCAAUCUAAUAUCCACGAUCAGAGAUCUGGAAAAAAUUGAGACUUACUUAAAAAUCUUCCAGAAGUUUGCUGCAGCAUUGACCAACGAUUUAUCAACAAUCAGGACUGAUGCUAUUGACGUAUUCACGCUUGAACUUCGAAUUCUACUAUCUUAUCUUAGAAGUCAUACGCUAAACAUUGCUUUUCGCACAACAAUCGGCAAUCUCUCUCGUGCAAACAUCCUAAGUCCUGACUUCAUUGAUUAUGUUCGUCGUCUUUAUCUAUCCGCAAAUGUAUAUCUGAUGAAUACAGAUAUUGUAACUAUGAUUUCGCCUGAAAUUAUUCUUGAUAUUACAUCAAUACUUGAGGAACAACCACCUCGUACUGUACAGAAUUUUUUAAUAUGGCGCUUUAUGAUUGAUCAAGCUUGGAAAAUGCCAAAGCAAUUCAGAGAUUUGGAACAACAAUAUAGACGUAUAUUUGACGCCAUAAGUGAGGAGAGGCCGCGCUCAGUUAGAUGUGCUGAAUACCUU